GUAUCUCACUGGAGAUAUUCAUGAAUCACCUGAACACAAUCCUAUGCCAUGUGCUCUGAGAUGAGCCUGCCUGAGCAGGGAGAUGAGAACAGACAACCCACUAUGGUCCCUUCCAGCCUUGCCUGUUCUGUGACUGUGAUUGAUUCUGUGAUUCUGUGUGGUCACACCUCUGCACAGCUACCUCAUCCUCAUUUGCAGCAGGGUUAUGGUCUCCUCUGAUUGAUAGAGCUGUAAGAAGAUAAAGCUGGAAAAAGAUAUACUCAUAUUCUGAGAAUUUUUUUUUUUUUACAUUGUAUAAAGAAGGCCCUGCACUUCUGUUUUGUUUGUAGCUACAGAUAAGCCAUUUUUUUAUUUGCUGUAGUCAUUUCCUCCACUUCCCUCCAGCAUCUGGUAUAAAGUGAUCAAAGAGUAAAUCCAGAGAUUAUGAUUAUUCAUCUCUUCACAGUCUGUUGUAUCAUUCUAACCAUGAGACUCAUCUUUCAAGCAUAUUUGAUGAUCUUCAUACUGAGCAACUUUGUGGCUUCUCAGUCACAAUCUUCUGGUGAGAAAAAUGCCAUCAACACCACGAUCAUCAACUUCAACAAUGAGAAGAUGCAGAUCACAUGGGCAACAAGAGAGCUUUUCCAUAAUGAGAAUGUGUCAUUUUUUUACACAUUUAGUGAAGGCAAGGACAAAGUUUGGAAGCCAUGUACCACCUAUUUAUUGGAUCAAGAUUAUAAUUCUGGAUGUCUUUUUAAGACAGAAGGACCUACCCUUGCCAUUUCUAUCAGGAACAGCAACGGAAGUGAAGAAUUUUUUUUUAAAAAAUUAAAAGCUGAUUUUUACAUAAAGCCCAGUCCACCAGAAAAUGUGACCUUCUUCUGGGAAGAGGACACUGUUACUGUAAGCUGUAAUAAACCAGAGAGAAAUGCAUGGUGCUUGAGACUUGAGCUUCAGUACAAAAGCAAGUUUGACAAAGAGUGGCAAUCCAGAACUUCUAAGUGCUGCAGUGUUGGAGAGCAAGGCUUUGAUCCAAGGAAGUGCUACUCUUUCCGGGUCAGACUAAGGAGGCUUGUACCAUACUGCAAUGUAGUCAAAUACAGCAGUGACUGGGAAGCUGAAACAUUCUGGAUGAAUGGCACGUUAUUAGAUUCGUGUGAUGAUGAUGUAACUCCUCAGUCAAAAAGAGUAAUUGUUUUAAGUUGUUCACUGGCAGUACUUUUAAUGAUGCUUAUCCUCCUGAUUCUUCUGUGUAAAUGGCAGAGGGUUCAGAUGUCAGUCCUGCCUGCUAUACCAGACCCAAAAUAUCCAUUUGCUGAUCUCUUCAAUGAUCAUAAUGGAAACUUGCAGGAAUGGCUAGACAAAAAUGAUCAUGUGGUGUUGCAAACCAAGCUAGAAUAUGAAGAACCAGAGUCCAUCACUGAGGCAGAAAGCCAGCAAGAAGAUGAGAAGAACAGUGACAAACAGGGACCUUUGGAAAAAAUCUUCCCUUUUUCAGGAGCAGCUGAAAAAAAUGAUGGCAAAGCAGCUGAGAUUGCCUGCCUGAUACCGGCAUCCAACGCUGCAGCUCCUAUUGCUGGCUUCCAUAUUUUAAUGAAUGACGACAUGUAUGUGAUGGUAUAAAAUCUGCAUAAUGCAGAAGGUGUUAGGAAAUUCCAUAAAAGUCCUGAUGAGUUUGGGAGAGUGACUGAGUAGAAAAAGUCAUCAUGAUAAGAUUUGCAUCAAGAAAGACACUUGGCUGUGUUUUCAGAUCUGUACUUUCCCAACAGGAUCUCUUGGGCAGACUCAAGUGUUUGAAAAAACUGAUAAUUUAUAAUUAGGAUUUGUUCUUCUAAUUGGGGUUUAUCCCUAAACCCCAGUUUCCUGCUAUGGACAGGAGAGCACAGGAGCUCUUCCAUAAUAUAUGUCAGCAGAACUGAGAUUAAGUCCUUCUGCUUAUGGAGUGUGGAGAGCAGGGCAAGCUAUACCAUAGUUCUUCCCAAAAUGAAGAGAGAAAAUAAAGAGAUUUUGCUGUCUCAUGUAAAGAGACUUUUGUUGCAUAACUUUGCAUUUCAUGGCACACCUAAAAGGUUUUGUAGAGAAGGAGUAAGGCCCACAUCUAAGAAGAGAAGAGAGAGGAUGUACAUUAUUGAAUCAUAUUUUAGAUUGCAGAUGUUUAGGCAGCUUCCUCCAGAACAGGAGGGCUUCAAGUCUUUCCUUCGUAUCUUACAGUCCUCUGUAUCUUACAGUCUUUGAAUAGUCAGCAUCUUGCAGCCUUUAUUUUAGAAAGAUGAAGUUCAUUUUGAACAGUAUUAAUGUUUAACUGAGUUGCAUUUAUUUCAAACUGGGGUUUAGUGCAAUCAGCAGCUGUAGACACAAAUUAGGACUUCUUGUUCAUAUUGCAUAUACUAGUGUAUUGUUUUUCUUAACAAGUUUAAAAGAUACUUUUAGAAGAAUAUUCUAAAGUUUUCUAAACAGACUGUCUUUUAAAAUACGUUUAAUUUAAAAUUUAAAAUGCAAUAUACUAAGCAAUCAGACUUGAGAAAAAAAAAUAAAUCUUGAGUAUUCUGAGUUUCUCAAUAUCACUUAUGUUGCAUGCUAUUUGAAAGCAAAUUUUGUAAAAAAAAUUGUUUGAAGUGUCUAUUAUCUGGGUAAGCAGAUAUAGUGUGAUUAUAUGCUGAAUUAGCAACAGUUAUUUGCCUGCAUAUCAGUCAGUCACUAAAUGGCAUUAUCAGUUGUCUGAUAAACCCUUGCCAAUCUCAUGCUUUCAUUAUGCAAACACUAUAAUUUAUUGUGCAUAUAGGAAAUUGCAUGUAUCAGAAAAUUUUUGUGAUAAGUGUUUCAAUUCAGUGCUUUAAAAACUUCAUUUCCAGAUCUUUUCAAGAAUAGUAAAUAAUAAUAUGGUCUGUUAAGUGUUAAAAUCUUUGUCUAGGUGUUCCAGUUUGUUUUACAAGGAAAAAUACAGAAAUUUUCUGGCCAGUAAGUGGAACUUAAUUUAAAAAAAAAAAACUUAAUUGAAAGGACAGUUUAGCCACAUUUCCCAAGCUUUUUUUUUUUUUUUUUGGACAUUUCCACAGAUUUGACUGUUCACUAACAAGAUUAACAUGCUAGCAAAGGAUUUCCCAUAAUCCUGAAAACAAUUUUGACUUGUGUGCAAGUAUGGGAGGAUGUCUUUGUAAAUAGCACAUUUCUGGAAUUUUUUUCUGAAAGGUUUCAAUAGCAAUGUAAGAAUGCAUUGAACUUUAAGCUAAUCCAAACUCUGUCAAAUCUGAUGAGCAGAAACUAUCUCAGCUCAGGUCUUCUUACAUGAUAUAAAUUGGCAUUAUUGCAUAAGAACCAAAGAAAUGAUAGUGAAUUACAAUAGACAAGAACCUGCUUCAGUAAGGAUUUUAUGAGUAAAGAGGGAAGCACAGAAUGCAUUGCUUAGCUGCUUGCUCUUAACCCACAUCAUAUGGUUGCCUGCAAAGCUAGCUAUUAUAAUUAAAUUAUAUUAAAUAUAAUUAUAAUUAAACCAUUUUUUCAGACAGACUUGUCUGUUUGAAUUCAAAAUAUUUAAUAAAUUUUCCUGAAAUUUUACUGUGACAACUAAAGAGGAGAAAAUUAUGUUGAAUUGUUCUGUUUAAGCAGCUUUCCUGAAAUGUUACAACAAUGUAAGUUUUUAAUACAAGCUAUAUCUUGUAUUAUAUUUUAUAUAGAGAAAGGGAUUUUUUUUGUGCAUAUAUGAAACCA